CGCAGCAUUUGUACAUCAUGUCCGCUGAUUUUUUUUGUGCGCGUGAGGUUGUUUUCAUGUUUUGUACGCAUGUUGUGUUAAAGUAAUUGCUAUUUUAUGAAGAAGUUACAUGAGAGGAGUUGUGUAUAACUGAAAAGGUUUGAGGUUAAGUGAUAAAUGUAGUUGAGGGGAGUGUCGGUGCAGCAAGCACUUUCAUUAUCAGCUAACCAACUCAUCCAGAAAGACAUUCUGAGCUUUCAAAUAAAGUCAUUCAGAAUAUAUCAACUAUAUAUAUAUAUGUUAUUUGUAAGAUGCCGGACAUCAAAGUGACGCCACUGGGUGCUGGACAGGAUGUCGGACGCAGCUGCAUUCUGCUCUCUAUAGGAGGCAAGAACAUAAUGCUGGAUUGUGGGAUGCAUAUGGGAUAUAACGAUGACAGACGCUUUCCAGACUUCUCUUACAUCACUCAGAACGGCCGCCUCACAGACUUUUUGGACUGUGUUAUAAUAAGCCAUUUCCAUCUGGACCACUGCGGCGCUCUUCCCUACAUGAGCGAGAUGGUGGGAUAUGAGGGACCGAUCUACAUGACCCACCCCACCAAAGCCAUCUGCCCCAUCCUGCUGGAGGACUUCCGCAAGAUCACUGUGGACAAAAAGGGCGAGACCAACUUCUUCACCUCACAGAUGAUCAAAGAUUGCAUGAAGAAAGUAGUGCCGCUGAAUCUGCACCAGACCGUUCAAGUGGAUGAUGAGCUCGAGAUCAAAGCGUACUAUGCAGGACACGUCCUCGGGGCAGCGAUGGUGCUAAUUAAAGUCGGCUCCGAGUCCGUCGUCUACACGGGUGAUUACAACAUGACACCAGACAGACACUUGGGCGCGGCCUGGAUCGAUAAAUGUCGUCCGGAUAUUCUGAUCAGCGAGUCGACCUACGCCACCACGAUCCGCGACUCGAAGCGCUGCAGAGAGAGAGACUUCUUAAAGAAAGUCCACGAGACCAUCGAGAGAGGAGGAAAGGUCCUCAUUCCGGUGUUUGCUUUGGGAAGAGCGCAGGAACUCUGCAUCCUUCUGGAAACGUUCUGGGAGAGAAUGAAUCUGAAAGCACCCAUCUACUUCUCGACGGGGAUGACGGAGAAAGCAAACCACUACUACAAGCUCUUCAUCACGUGGACCAAUCAGAAGAUUCGCAAAACCUUCGUGCAGAGGAACAUGUUCGAGUUCAAACACAUCAAAGCCUUCGAUCGCUCCUACGCAGACAAUCCCGGACCUAUGGUGGUGUUCGCUACUCCGGGGAUGUUGCACGCCGGCCAGUCAUUACAGAUCUUCAAGAAAUGGGCCGGCAAUGAAAAGAACAUGGUCAUUAUGCCAGGGUACUGCGUGCAGGGAACAGUCGGACACAAGAUUCUGAACGGCCAGAAGAAGCUGGAGAUGGAGGGAAGAGCCACGCUGGAGGUGAAGCUGCAGGUGGAGUACAUGUCAUUCAGCGCUCACGCCGACGCUAAAGGCAUCAUGCAGCUGAUCCGCAUGGCCGAACCUCGCAACAUCCUGCUAGUUCACGGCGAGGCCAAGAAGAUGGAGUUUCUCAAGGACAAGAUCGAGCAGGAGUUCAAUAUCAGCUGCUUCAUGCCGGCUAACGGAGAGACCACCACAGUGACGACCAACCCGAGCGUACCGGUGGACAUCUCGCUCAACCUGCUGAAGAGGGAGAUCGCCCUGGGAGGUCCUUUACCCGACCCUAAGAAGCCGCGCACCAUGCAUGGAACUCUGAUCAUGAAGGACAAUACUCUGAGGCUGGUUUCCCCAGAGCAGGCUUUAAAGGAGUUGGGACUUUCUGAACACCAGCUGCGUUUUACGUGCCGCGUGCACCUGCAGGACCCUCACAGCGACGCAGACACACUCGCCCGCAUCUACAGCCAUCUCAAGAGCAUGCUCAGAGGUUACAGCGUGCAGCACCUUCCCGACGGCACCGUUAUCGUCGAGUCCAUCGUCCUCAAAGUGUCUUCGUCCAGCGACGAACCCAAUCUUAAAGUUAUCCUGCUUUCCUGGAGCUAUCAGGACGAAGAGCUCGGCAGUUUUCUUUCUAAUCUGCUGAAGAAAGGACUUCCUUCCGGAUUAGAGUUGCGGUGAGGAACUGAAACAAGCUGCUGAAUUGAAUAAGCCUGCAGCCUCUCUUGACCCACUUUGUCCCCCCCCCCAAAAAAAAAAAAACCCAUCAGAAGUGCUCCUGAAGAUGCAAACCUCAUAAGAGAAUAUGAAAACGCGUCUGUUCUUAUUACCUUAUCAUCCAUUUUAUGAAAUCAUAUACUAUUGUUUGGGGUUUUUUAAAAAUCUGUUUAUCUUGUGUUAUCAACUCAUUAAAACGUGUCAUGUUUUCUAAUAUGCAUCUUGUAUUAUGAAUCGUUUAUCGUGCUGAUACAGUGUGCACUUCGCUGAUGGAUUUAUCCCAAAGCGAGGCAUGAGAGUUCUACUCUGUUUUCAGCUCUGGAUUUUACACUCUUCUUUUUUUCUUUUUCUUUUUCUUUUUUUUUUUUUUUUUAAAGAUGAUUUAAUCUGACACUGUAGCAUGUGUUGCACAAUCUGACAUGAUCUGUAUGUGCGAAGACCUAAACCAGAAGGAUUUUUUUUUUUAAUCUCAGAAAUAGAAAUAGUGUGAACCGUCUCUGACAGUUCCUCAACCUCAGCUACAUCACUCAGGUCCAUCACUGGUUUCAGCUCGGGGCUGUGUUUGUUUGUUUGUUUGUUUGUUUGUUUUGGUUUUGUUUACACUUACCUGCAGUUUUUUCCAACAAAUUUAUCUAGUUUUAUUUCCCAGCAUAUUAACAAAUUAGUAGCCUGAUUGAAACCCUCCUCAACCCUGACCAGGCAUUUACUAAGGAUGCUGUAAAUGGUUCAUGUUCAUGUACAUGGUCUUUCUUUGUCCCACAAGAUUCUUAUCUAACCACUCAAGAAAGUAAAAACCUCUCACUCAUGCCUUUUGUUGUUGUUGUUGUUGUUAUUUUUGGAUCGUCCAGAAUCCCAGUCUUGAUGCAUACCUUUCUUGCACAGCUUUCCAAUAAUAAAAUGAUAAUGCGUACUCUA